AUGGGACAGGUAGCUACAAAUCAAAACACAAGACUUGCAGGUGCUCUUCCAAGUGAUACAGUGAAAAAUCCGCAAGUCAGUGCAAUUACACUUAGAACUGGAAGGGAAUUAGAAGAAGUUCCAAAGAAGAGAAAAUACAAGCUUAUACCUGAGGGUGAAUUGAUUCCCAAAGCAACACAGGAAGCAAAGAAAGAUGAUACAAUUUCAGCGCCCGUGAAUGUUCCAAGGCCACCACCACUUUUUCCACAAAGACUGCAGAAAAAGAAUGAUGAUCGCAUGUUCAAGAAAUUUCUGUCUAUGUUGAGUCAGAUUAAAUUGAAUAUUCCAUUGGUAGAUGUGAUUCAUGAAAUUACAAAGUAUGCCAAGUACAUAAAAGAUAUUGUGGCUAACAAGAGGAGAUUGACUGAAUUUGAAAAAGUUUCACUUAUUGAGGAGUGUACUUCAAGGGUCCAAAAUAAGCUUCCUCAAAAGCUUAAGGAUCGUGGAAGCUUUACUAUCCCUAUGAGAAUAGGUAAUGUUGAUGUAGGCCAGGCACUUCGUGAUUUGGGAGCAAGCAUAAACUUUAUGCCAUUGUCUUUGUACAAAAAAUUGGGUUUGUGA